AUGGAAGCUGUGAAUGAAAUCCUUGGAGUGAACAGGACCUGGAAGCUUGUACCAAAGCCCAAGGAUCAGAAACUUGUACAAUGCAAGUGGCUCUUCAAAUUAAAGGAAGGUAUCACUGAUAAAGAUCCCCUCAGAAUGGAGACCAUUCCCUAUGCCAAUGUGAUUGGAUCCUUGAUGGAUGCUAUGAUUAGUACUAGGCCUGAUCUAUCAUUUGUGAUAUCCUUGCCGAGUAGAUUUAUGUCCAAUCCUGGUAUGGAACAUUGGACAGCCCUGAAGUGGGUACUCCAAUAUGUUAGUGGGUCAUUGAAUGUGGGAUUGGAAUAUUAUAAAAGGUCUGCCUCACUUGAGCUGGAUGGUUUUGUAGACUCUGAUUUUGCAGGUGACAGGGACACCAGGAAGUUAACCACUGCGUAUUACUUCACCUUGGGAGGCAACUGCAUUGCUGGAAGUUCAAUUACAGCCUAUAGUUGCACUGUCCACAACCGAGGCUGA